AACAGGAGAAAAAAGUUCUUCAACUCCGAACAGCUGAACGAAACCAGCGAGCAAAGCCUGUCAUUGUCUCUUGGUGCUUCAUGAAAGCUGAUUUUAAACUUUGCACUGUGCUCUAGUCUGGGAGUCCAGUCCAAAACACGAACCACUGGCUCACAGUGUUUUGUUUUUGUUACCGAGCCACCGUUAAACGCUGUUAUUGAGUUUUACAGCCUGCAGCAUCUGCUAACAGCAGCUAGGCUAGCUGAGCGAGCUAACCGGGGCAGACCGUCUCUACGGUCCCGGUACCCGGGGGUAUGAGCACAGAUAACUGUCUCUGGUGUGCGAGACAGCUUUGAAGAAGGUCCGUUUGCUUUAAUGAUUGGUGGAACAGAUUAUUGCGCAGUCAACUGACAACAGACACGAUCGAGCAUCCGGGCAUUUAAAAGAACACCAACGUUUGCGUCUUGAGCUAACUGUAGCUAGCACGAGCUCAACACGGGUGCGUCAAGAAUCCGUUCGAGGUGUUUUGGGACCAAUAACAACAGAUGGCGAGCAACGGAUACAACACACCGGGUCUAGGCUCCGGUCGACACCAGUACGAGUCAGAGUCCGACGUUGGCCCGACUGUCAAAAGCUUAGCACGGCUGUGCAGCAAGGACGAGGACGAGCGAGCAGCGUCUCUGGAGGAGCUCAGUCAGGGGGUUCUGGCGUGCUUGGGAUCGGACCAGCUGAUCAGUAAACAAACACUUUUAAAUCUGCUUCGACUGUCCCGGUCGUGUCCACUGCAGGAGGUUCGGGGGAGAGCGACCGAGCUGCUGCGAACCGCACAGGAACAAGGAGUUGAAGUACCUCGGGCGCUGGCAUCUGGCCCAAGUGCCUUUAUUCCUGCAAAAGAGAUGUUGAAAGAAGUGCCGGAUCAGGACAUCCUCAUCGAAUCUUUCCUUUCAGUGGGCCGCGUGGACCACAUCUCAAUGGUGAUGGCAAUGCACCCCGCCUACCUCAGCUGCUUCCUGAGGACCCAGCAUGCUUUGUUGGAGAUGGACGGCCCGUUGCCCCGUCACUGGAGACAUUACAUCGCUGUUAUGGCCGCAGCUCGACAUCACUGCUCGUACCUGGUGCAGCAGCACAGCGCGGGCUUCCUCGACGCUGGAGGGGAGGAGAGCUGGCUAAGUGGUCUCAAGCACGCUCCCACCAAACUCCACAGCCUGCAAACACUCAACAAGCUGCUGGCACACCGGCCCUGGCUCAUCACACUGCAGCACAUCCAGGAGCUGGUGUGUCCCGGAGCAGAGCCUCGCUGGUCACUGGCUGAACUCAUACACGCUGUGAUCCUGAUGGCACACGCUCACUCACUCUGCUCCUUUGGGUGGGGAUGCGGCUUGAACCCUGAACCCGACCACAUCGGAGGUUAUACUUUCCAACUCCCAUCCCCCAGUCACCUUCCCCGAAGCCCCCACAGCCCUCAUAGCCCCGCUCACGAGGAUGGCAGGCAAGAGUUGGGUGAUGGAGCGAUGGAGGUGGAGGUGUUGAUGCAGAGGAUGGUGGAGCUGCAGCAGCAGGAGGAAGAGUGCACACAGGAGGAGAUGGUUACUCGCUUUGAGAGGGAGAGGAGCGAGAGCAUACCAACCACGGUUGUGCGAGAAGCCCCACCUGAUCUGGUGCUGCGUCUGGUGGAGGAUCCAGAGUUCAGAUACGAGGAUUUUGCCCCCAAAGGAGAGCAGUCGCCACCCACCAUGAGAGCUCAGGACUACUCAUGGGAGGACCACGGCUUCUCUCUGGUCAACAGACUACUGCCAGACAUGGGUCAGCUCCUGGAUGAAAAAUUCCAGGUUGUGAGCAACAUGACCUACCACAGGAUGGCCAUGCAUGAAGGUGUGGACACUCACACUCUGAGAAAGGCUCUGUGGAACUACAUCCACUGUCUGUACGGUAUACGCUACGACGAUUAUGACUACGGCAGCGUGAACGUGCUGUUGGAGCGCUCUCUGAAGGUGUUUGUUAAGACCAUGGCCUGUUACCCCGAGCAGACCACGGCUCGUGUUUACCACGCAUUCUGGAGACACUUCAGACACUCCGAAAAGGUUCAUGCAAACCUGAUAGUGAUGGAAGCCCGGCUACAAGCGGCCCUUCUUUAUACCUUACGAGCCAUCACACACUUCAUGAGAUGACGCACUCACUCUCGCACGUUUUCUGCAAAUGUUGAGCCAGCUGUGACGCACCACAACCCAAUGCAGAACACAACAUGGACAGACAAUCUUACACACACACACACACAUACACACUACAGUGAAUAGUUGUUUAUGCAUAUUCCCAGUUUCAGUGUUAAUGUUGUGAUGCUGCUUUGGGACUGGGAUAUCUGAUAUUUAAAACUUGUUACUUAUUUGCACUGAAAUUAAUCAGGUUUCGUUUCCCACAAUUGAGCCUCAAGUGUUGCUGUGAAUAUCUUGCACAUGUUUCCGCCACACACACACAUAUCUUACGAGUAAGGUAUGCAGGUGGAGUAAGGACUGGUAUAACUAAAUCAUCGUGAUUGAAGUGUCUGUUCAGGCCAAUAAUCUGUCACCCACAGAUACCAGCCGUUCGCCUCAUCAUGACUACUCGGGCCUCAGUCCUCUCUGUUUGUAGCAUGCAGAGGCUGAGAUGAAAACAAAUAACUUGUAUUUUUUAUAAACAAUAAAAAGUUACUUUGCCAAAAUGUAAACGCUGUGUUGUGUCUCGACAUCAUUUUCUGGCAAAAACCAUCGGACUACGUCAUCUGCUUUUUUAUUUUUGAAUUCUGAUGUAAAAGACUUUAUUAUGAGAUUUACAUUUCUUGUGUUUAUGAUCCAAGACACACAGUUCAACACAAACUUCUGGAUGUGUUGCAGCAGGAGUUACCAUGAUUCCCCACACGAUGGAGACAGACUUAAAAGAAGCUGUAAUGACGCCACAGUUCACUCUGCGAAGUCACUCUUUAAUGUGAUCUGUAAUAGUGUGACAAUAGUGUGACAAUAUACAAUACUACUGAAUGUGGCUGACAUGGUGUUGAUCAAAAGUAUUAUUAAUAACACGAGAAGAAAAGCAACGUGCCAGUAAAGCGCACAAGAGUAAACACCAUUUUUGGAUUAUACGCACGCGGAUGUCGCACAUUUCGUUAUGUCUUCCUGUAGUUCACAACAGAGUGCGCGUGUCGCAUCUCACCGUGAGACUGAAAACACGCCCAGACUGCAUCAGCACCAGCCACUGUCGGUUUGCUUGGUGUUUGAGGGAACCUAAAGUUGGUGCUUACAGCUAGAACAUCAACUUUUACGUUAACAGUAAAGUCUUAUUCAACCUUCUUUAUCAAUGUAGCCUGGCGUACUAUUUUUUUUUUUUUUUUUUGAUGAUGGCUGUCAACAUGAUCGUAAAAGAUAAUUUCAUGUUAGAAUCUCCAGUGUGAUAGUUUACAGAAUAAUAAUUAUUGGGGGUGCAUUCCUCUUGAAUAUGAUAAAAAAGGCUGGUAGCCCAUAUUUCUAAAAGGUAUCCCACAUAGGAGUCUUUUGUAAUAUCCUUCAUAUCAACAUCGGUCUUCAACUGUCCACUUCACGCGCGCGUUCCUCUGGGGUGGACUUCUUUGCGCGCUUGAAGUCCGUUCCCAAAGACCUUCCGGACGAGGCGCGCGCUCACGUCUUUUCACUUGCUCAACGCAGUAGCUCGCGGCUUUUCUCCGUCCGCCCCGCGAGCCACUGGACACCGCUGACUCUCACCUCAGGACACAAGGAAACCCCCACGGGGAAACGACGCAUUUUGUGUCCGGUAUGUCUUCUCCGUUUAUCAUAUACUGUCUGAAAACGUAAUCUACAUCAGUUGUAGUUGCAGUAGGCUUUUUAUAAUUACAGAAUGAGUGUUUUGUUUGAAGAACUUUGCUUUGAUAAGACACAGGUGGGUCGUUUUCCCACGCUGCUUAUCAAAUUAGUUUUGCUUUUAACUUUUCAGUUGUGUUCUAUAUAAGUGGAGGAAGUCACCUCUGAGAGUGAGAAACUCGACUGUAAAUUUAACCGAGGUAGGCAAAAGGAAACCAACCUGAUGAACAUCAGCAGCCCAGACCCCUCUGUACAUUUUUUUAAAUGGAUCAGUCCGAACCCGAUUGGGUGGUUUCAGUGCUUUCGAAAAUUGGGUAAAUUUGGAGUUACUGUUCAAUAAAAGGAAGUUUGGGUGGCCUGUGAGAUGUUAAUGAAGUCGACUACCACUAGUUCCACUCUUCAUGCUGGACGGAUACCACAAAGGGUGAUAUUUAGAAAUCAAACAGCCAACAUUGCAAUUUAGAAAGAGAGGAAGUUACCAAAACUUAGUCACAAGUGCUUUAAGGUGAAAUCUCUUGCUAUCAAAAACCUAUACGGCUGAAGUAAUUGUACAUUUAUUGUUAAAUUGAAACGGUUGAAGGAUCAAACAGUAACUUAUCAUAGGAUCUGGAUUUGUGGCUGACCGCAUCAUCUCGGGUCAACUGGAGGUUUUUGUAAGUGUAUUGCACAUUUCUCAAACUUUUUGAUAGAUGAAUUCCGAAAGUACUUUUUGGCUGAAGGUCUUUCGUCUGUCAGUUUAUGUUAAAUCUGCUUCAGAGGAAGAAUAUUCCUUUCGUAAAUGUGAUUUAUUUGGCAACCAGUCUACAGGAAACCACCUUGAGGAAAAGGCAGGGCUGCAUGUUUCCUUAACAUGUCCAUCUCUCUGAGGUGUUUAUUUCCUCAUCAUGAUGGGUAGCCGGGAGGAUCACACCACCGUCCUUUAAGUAAUCAACAUUAAUCUUUGUUUCACGGUGGCUUGUGUGUCUGUGUGAAGGAGUAUAGUCGUGGAAUUUUUGAGGGUCGGAUGGGGAAAGAAGCGAUGAGGCUGUCCAAGGCCGGACUUCAUCACUUCCUGUUUCUUUACGAGGUCAGUUCCUGUCUUUAGCCUCGGGGCCAGGCAGGAAGAAGGGAGGCAUGGAUAUGUUUUUCAGUUGGUGGGGUUAAGAAAUGGACGUCAACAUCGUCACAGCUUUCCCACCAAGCAGCUGAGGGCCGUGACGGUGAAGCACUUGUCCUUACAGGCUGAUGUUAGACAUCUGGAUGGAAGCUUCCAGCUGAAUCUGUCAUUUUCAACAGGGGCUUUGCUGUCGUCAGCCACUGGGGCAACCUGAGGAAGACUCCUCUUCUUGUUGCACCCAUAGUAGCAGGCCCUAAGCCCCUUGAAAAACAGGAUUAGACUGUUAAACGUAAAUGACUUAAUUCAUGUAUGCUUCCUAACGAGCAACCUCGGCCCCCUGUAUCUGGAGGAUAUGAUGACUUCAUGUGAAAACAGGAUGUCCCGAUGACCGGGACACCUUACUUUUCCAUCGCCCCCACCUCCAGUUGGUCUCUAGUUGGUCUCUAGUUCCUUUUUGAGUGUGUGUUUGUACUGUGUUUGAGUGUGUGCUAUGUGUGUGAGGGUUCGGUGACAGCUUGCUUCCCAUUGUCCUAUCAUUCCUGCUCCACUCACCCUCUGCAUCCUGUAGGGCUUCCUGCUAGUGAGGGGCGAUUCAGAGAGAAAAGAGAACGGUAUAAGAAAGAGAUGGAGGAACAAGAAAAGAGGAGGUUGGGAGAAAGUCUGGAAAGAGCUGGUGUAAAAGUACAGAAACUGAACAGAUCUGAACAAUUGUGUGUGUGUGCGCGUGUGUGUUUGUGUUUCUCUGUGUUCCUGCAGUGAAUUCCCCGCUGGGAGCAGCUUAUCUGCAGUCCACUGUGCAGGAAAGGGUGUGUCCUUUGGAUUUGGCUGUUUGAGAGUGUGACGAUGGAGGGUGAUGUUAUUGUGAUUUCAUAAGAGCGCACUGAAUGCGUGCUAAUGCUCUGCUUAUAUUCUUAUAGAGCAAGUUAUUAUGUUGCUGUAUGUCAAUUCUGAGGUAUUACUUGAGUAUUUCCAGUUUAUGCUACUUUACAUUUCUACUGCACUUCGGAGGGAGAUAUUGUACUUUUUACUCCGUUAGUUUUACUCCACACAUAUAGGUAUUUGUUGCUUGCUUUUCAGAUUAAUAUUUAAAAUACAAACAUGAUGGAUUGUUCUACAUUAAAGCUCCACCGUGCAUCAAUUUGAAUGGGUCCAAUAAUGUAAUAAUAUGACACUGAAGGGCCAUUUUAUAUACUGAGUGCUUUUACUUUGGGUACUUUAAGUACACUUUGCUGAUAAUGUUUCUAUAUUUUUACUGAGGUACAUUUUGCAAGAUUUUUGUAACAGAGUGAAGUUCUGCUACUUUUACUGCAGCAAUUGACCAGAAUGCAUUUCUUCAUUAGUGCCGUUCUGUGAUAGUUUUCUCUUAAAAGGUCAGAUCUCUUAAUAACAAAAUAGAAAACAUGCAGCUAUGCAGAUAGUUUUGGUUUCAUUUUCUAAGGUUUCAAGAUAUCCAUCUCCAAGAUCUCUGCCUCAAACCCCAAUACAAUAAACACACAUUUAAUUGAAUUUGUGGUGCUCACAGCAUUGAGAGAUAACAUUGUAAAUUCAGCUUCAGCAGCGACUCUUUCCAGAGACCGUUCGCACGUUAGUUUGGAAAAUCCACUGAUCUUACCGAGGACAGUUCUUCAUUGUUACAGUUGACUGUUUUGGUGUUUGGAGUGAAGUCUGUAAAUUAUGGAAUUCUAUUCACCUUCAUUGUAUUGGGUGGAGGCGGUUAUUUCAAAACCUGCAUGGUGAAAAUAAUUCAAUUACUUGCUCGUCUUCAUGCCAUUAGCGAUGGGCAAGACAAUGUAUAUUUUGUUAAAGCAACCCUGGCAAAACUUUUAAAAACACAAACAUUGAAGCUUAUUAUCGAAUAAAGAUGGAAGUAUUAGUCCGUGCUGUUGUUGCAGACAGACUUGUAUUCACAAACCAAUUCCACACUACUCCCCAACAGAGAAAGCUGCUUCUGUAGUCUAAUUAUUUGUUCUUGCCAGCCGCUGUGAAAAUCUGCUGUGACAGUAAGCAACGAGUCAGUGAGGUUUUGAAACAGCUAACAGGAAAUACUAUUAUCUCUGUGAGAUGAAUAUGAUUGAAAGCGGUUUGUUUUGGGGCUGUGCUCGUGGCAAGAAGCAUUAAUGACAGAUGCAUGACGGAGAAAUAUUGACUGUGCCACGUUAUUCUUACACCAUAUGCAACUAGCAAAACAUGUUUUAGAUAAGGUGAAAGGCAGUGCGUACAUGACUGAAGAGCCUUUUUAAUGCAACAUUGUAGUCUGUUUGUUUAUUCUAUUCUUUUAUGUACAUAAGGAUAUCAAUACAGCUCUCAUUGCUUUUAAUUUAACAUUACAUAUUUUAAACUAUGAGUCACAGCUAAACUCUUUUUUUUAAGGCAAAGGAACUGUUCUUAAAUUACUUUGGUGUACUUCUCAGUACUUAUGCAGACUCUUGUUUUAUACACACACCAAAAAAGUAGCAACAAGUGCAAAGUGUGCCAAUUUAAAUGUGCAACCCAAAUGUACCACCCAUCACCACCACACACACACACUUUGCUCUACAUACCUUUAAUGCUUGUGGCUGAUUGAAAGAGAAAUAUGGAAACGGACACAUACAUGUUGGCUUGUGUUUAAUUAACCAUGGCAGGUUAUAUGUGGGUGCACAAGUGCAUAUCUUGGCUUUCUGUACAUGCUUGAUUGGUGACGCCUUUGUUCAGUGGGCCGUGUGACCUGUGUGUGUGACUUUAGUGUUAGUUUCCUCUAUGUAUAAACACCUCUGGUCAACUGAAUUAUCAGGUGUUGGAGCAGCUUUUGUGUGCAGAGGGGAAGACGGACAUUUUAUCAACAGGAACCCAAUGGAGAACAAUGACUGUAUGACUGUACACAGUGUGUGUGUGUGUGUGUGUGUGUGUGUGUGUGUGUGUGUGUGUGUGUGUGUGUGAGACUACAUGUUAUUGUGCUGCUGACCCUGUCUGGUCAUCUGCCAAUCUUAGAAAAGCAGAAACAGAAGAGGUGAGAUAAAGAUGAGGGAGGAGGCCUCUUCUCUGUCACUUUCUAAAGUUCAUCACAGAGAAAGUGAGCAGCUUCGGUCCAGUGGAAGGCUGGAUAGAGAGAGUAUAAAGGUUAUUGUUGGAGAG